CUUUACCUUUGCCAUAAUAUUAAUUCCUGUUAGAUUUUGGUGUGUUGCAUAGAGAAUUGUGUGUUGUGUUUUCUGAAAUUGAAAACUGAGUCAAAGGCUGAGAACUGGUGGUUUUGCAGGUUUGGUGUGUGCUUCUGCUGUUUGAGUGACAGCUUUCAGAAACUGUGUGACAAGGAAAGAUUUAGUGUGUAAAGCACUUACAAAAAACUGUAAGUCUUUGUAAUUAUUUCUGAGGGAAAAUUGUUUCAAAGUAAAUCCUGUAAUGCAUUGCAUGAAUAUUAAACACCACAAUGCACAUACUUCUAAAAGUUAUUAAACAAGUUACAGUAACGUCGGUUUAAUUAUUAAUUAUAUUAAUAAAACGUAUGCGGAUCCCGAAAGAAUCCAAAUAUGGUGUUUACAAAGCGUGCCAUGAUGUAAUGCUGCCAAACAUUCACAUGCUGGAGGUUUCGCGGGGCAAAAGGGCAAAAUGAGGCUGAUCUACCCGCCCCUGACAACCAUCACAAACCCACACACAACAGCAGCAGCAGCUCACAUUCACUCCGCGUGGAAGCAAACACGCUUUAAACACGACAAACUCCGCUCAAACUCACAACUCACAAAACACGACGCGGGAAAUGGCUCGAUCCCGAUGACGUCACCGCGGCAGAAGUUCGUCUGAAGCGCUGUAUUAUUUUGAUAAAAGUGACAUGAGGACACUUUAACAGGUGACUGUGUAAAUCUGAACACAGAAGAUGAUGUUCUGUGUCGACCAAUGAUGGACAUGAACGGGAAAGGCUGUAACCUGAUGGUUUCUCCGUCCAGUAUGGCUCAGGUACCUCACCUGAGGGUCCAGACGGGUCACUUCUCUCCUCAAUCGCUCCAUCCCGAUGCCACAUCUGGAAACCCGGCCCUUCUUCCCACGCUGAGUCUCCGCCGACAGGUGCUGACCAAUGGGAAGCUGGGCUUUCCGCAGUCCGCACGACAACAAGCCCCGGCCCUUUGGCUCCCAGCAUCCUCUUCCAAACAGUCAGCUCGACCCAGCUGCCCGGACAAUGGUUACCUGUCUUUGGGGAUGAACAGAAAAGUGUUCGGGCCGUGUGGCGGUUCAAACCUGCAGGUGACGAACAAUGCCAUGCUGGUCCAGAGUCUGGGUCCGGUUUCUUCACAGACUUCAGUCCAAAACGGCCCACCUCAUUCACUCACCGUGCCCUUCACUGAUGCCAGGUCUUUGCUGUCCAGAGAAUCCCUGGCCUCGACCACGCUCAGCAUCGCCGAGACGCAAUCGAUUCGCAGCAGUAAGCUAGACUGGCCCUACGGUUACCGUGUUCUGCCUCCUUUAGGGCCAGGGUUUAGCCAGACUUCAGAAGCAGCUGAUCCCAAUCUCAUUCCCGGGACCUCCAUGUCCGAAUCCAUCUUCAACCCCGCGUCUCUACCACAUUAUCUCUUCAAGGAGGACGCCAGCAGUCCGCGGCUCUCAGCCCGGUCCAAAAAGCGAGCGCUGUCCUUGUCUCCUCUGUCCGAUGGCAACGGCCUCGACCUCAACUCCAUCAUCCGAACCUCGCCCACGUCGUUGGUGGCGUACAUCAUCGGUUCUCGCACUUCGCCGGCCUCGCGCCCCACUCCUUCUCCUCUGCAGUCCGAUGUUUGUGGACACCUGCUGGGCAUCAGAGGCAGCUGCAUCCCUCAUCCCAACCCCGGCAAACACAUCACCAAAGACAGUGCACUAGAAGACCAAUUCACCAAUCUAGUGGUGGAGCACCAGCUUCUACCUGGACAGGAGAUCCAAACUGGGACAAAAAACAGCCUUUCGCCUUCAAUACAGCUUCAAUUCGAACUGGCCGCUAUUAUUAGGACUCCUAGUCCUCCUAGAGGCCCUCCACCGCCCUAUAAUUCCCAUCUGCGAGCAUCUCACGUUCAGAUCCCAGCAGUCUCUUCAGACAACCUCAGGGUCCUUCCGUCGACGCUCUGCCCGAUGCUGGAGGAGGACGAGGAGGAGGACGUCAGCGGAGGACACUGCUGCCAUUGGCUGGACUGCGGCGCCAUUUACGGCCAGCGAGAGGAGCUGGUCAAGCACAUCGAGAAGAUCCACGUCGACCAGCGCAAGGGCGAGGACUUCACCUGCUUCUGGGCCGGGUGUCCUCGCAAACACAAGCCUUUCAACGCACGCUACAAGCUCCUCAUCCACAUGAGGGUCCACUCCGGGGAGAAACCCAACAAAUGCUCGUUUGAGGGCUGUCAGAAGGCGUUUUCCCGUCUGGAGAACCUAAAGAUCCAUCUGAGGAGCCACACAGGCGAGAAACCCUAUGUCUGUCAGCAUCCCGGCUGCCAGAAAGCCUUCAGUAACUCCAGCGAUCGAGCCAAACACCAGCGAACACACGUCGACACAAAACCCUACGCCUGUCAGAUCCAGGGCUGCGCAAAACGCUACACAGACCCCAGCUCUCUGCGCAAACACGUUAAAUCACACUCCUUAAAGGAGCAACAAGCCAGGAAGAAGUUGAGACGCAGCACAGAUCUCAGUCAGGACGGACUCGCUGAGUGUUUGACGGUUCAGCCGCUACAGCACAGCCUCACACCACUGGACCUGAUUGAGAACAAGCACCAGUCGCCCACUAACGAUCUCUACACUGUGUUCACCCUGAACCAGCCCGGCCAGACAGACGCCCUGCAGAGUCCGAUGCAGAUCUCAACCGAUCCACAGACCCUUCAGACCCCAAACAGAGCCCACAUGCAGCUGCCGCCCGUACAGGGAAACAACAGGUUCAGGGUUCCUGUGUCACAUCAGAUGUCUUCAGUACCCCUGUCAUCUCACCACACGCUGGGCCAAAACACUCACAAACUCCCCAGAUACUCCAGCCAUCCCAGGACAUCCCACCCUGACAGUUUCUCUGCUGAUGCCCAGACCGUGUUCUCAUACGGUGACUCACCGCAGGCUGCCAAACACAUUACUCCCUGUUCCAUGAUGCAGAUGCCCAUGUUUGAGGACAAUCUGGGUUCCUCAGAUGCAUCUCUACCAGAGCUUGACCUGGUGCACAGAACUCUGUCAGGCAUCGCUGCAGCGUUCGACUGCCAAACCGGACCGGAAGGGUUUUUGGGAGAGCAGGUGCCUUCGGUGCAGGAGGAUAAUUACCUUCACAUCUGUAGCAUGGAGAGAAGCCCGAGCCGGAUCUCAUGCAUCUUUACUGAAGGGUGAACGCUCGUGGAUCUCAUCAACCUGAGCAGUUUGUGUCCACUCACUUUGGGUUGUUUAGAUCAUUGAGGGAGUUUUUUGGAAGAACUUUCGUCAUGGACUUGGACUGGAUAUUUUAAACACUGUAAAGCAUUUGGAUUUUUAAGCCACUUUUUGUGUCUCUGUAUCUGAGCAUCUCAAACAUUGUAGGAUAUUUUUUAAAGUAUCACUUUUUUUUUUUUUUUUUCAUUUUUGCUCAGUGACCUUUAGUCGACAUCAUGUUCACACAAGUGUACCACAUAAUCUUAUUUCAAACCAGACAAACUUAAUUUUGCCAAAUGUUUAAAGCUUAAAGGAAUAGAUCACCCGAAAACGAGAAUAUGAAGCAUGAAAAUAUGGAAAUUUGCUCAUCCAAGAUUAGGAUGAGUUUGUUUCUUCAUCAGAUUUGUAGAAAUGUGUCUCUGCAUCAGUGUCUCAGCAAUAGAUGCUCUGCAGUGAAUGGGUGCCGUCAGAAUGAGAGUCGAUAAAAACAUCACAAUAAUCCACACCACUCCAGUCCAUCAGUUAACAUCUGGAGAAGACAAAAGCUGAGACAAAUCCAGCAUUAAGACGUUUUAACUCAAAUACGAGUCCAUAAUCCAUAAUAACACUUCCUCCAGUGAAAAAGUGCAUCUGAUGUUGUCUCUCACAUCAAAAUCCAUCCAGCCACAUAUUUGUUUAGAGCUGUUUUGGCUUGUAAACGCUGCUUGAUUUCUCUCCUGAUUCACACCAGAACACUUUUUCACUGGAGGAUGCGUUAUUAUAGAUUAUGGGCUCGUAUCUGAGUUCAAAACAUCUUAAUGCUGGAUGUUUUUAUCAGCUGUUUGUCUCUCAUUCUGACGGCACCCAUUCACUGCAGAGCAUCCAUCGCUGAGACACUGAUGCAGCGACACAGUGAACUAUUCCUUUAAAAAGCACAUUCAUGCAUCUUUAUUUACAGUAAAUGCCAUGCUUUGAUAUUUUAAGUAAACAAAUAUUUUUUGGGGUCACUAUAUGUAUAUAAUUAAUAAGCCAAUAAGCAAAAAAGAAUGCACUUAUCACAGAUUAAAGCCAUAUUGAUGUAAAUAUUUAUACACAAAGCAUAUGUUUGUAAUGUUUUAUCAACUAAAAUCAUCUAUGAACAUGAA